AUGCCUGGCAUCCUCCAGUCUGUCUUGUCUGUGCCCCAGCACACAGAGACUGCAGAGCCAACCGUGUCUCUUUCAUCAGAUCUCCUAUCGCAGUGCGCCUCUUCAACCUUUGCAGGCAACCUCACCCUGACGGGCGCAGACUUCACCUCAGUCACUGCAGAUCCAGUCUUCAACUUUUCCGACACCGCACCCGAGUACCUGAAUUUCGGCCAUCCCAACACAUCUGUCUUCAAUGCGACCUUCUGUAACGUGACCGUCACCUACACGCACCCAGGCCAGGGCGACUUUCUCACCAUCAACGCCUACCUCCCCAUUUCCAAUCCGUCGUGGAAUGGCCGCUUCCAGGCCGUGGGGGGAGGUGGCUGGGUAGCGGGUAUGUUUUCUCUAUCCUACGCCGAGAUGGUCGGUGCUCUCAGCGAUGGGUAUGCGACCAUCACGACGGAUGCUGGUGUCGCAACUGAUAUGAGUGUGGAAUCGUGGGCGCUGCUGUCGGAGGGAAACGUGAAUCUCUACGGACUACAGAAUCUCGGUAGUGUCAGUCUUCGCGACGAAGCCAUCAUCGGAAAGAACCUGAUCGCAUCAUUCUACGGUGAGGGCCCCAAGUACAGUUAUUGGUCUGGAUGCUCCCAGGGCGGAAGACAGGGCAUGAUGUUGGCUCAACGCUAUCCGGAUCUGUAUGAUGGUAUCGCCGCGAAUGCCCCUGCCGUCAACUGGGCGAAGCUGUUCGCUUCCAUCUUCUGGCCCCAACUCGUCAUCGACCAAUAUCUCAACGGGACCGAGCCAGCAGCGUGCGAGAUCAACGAACUCACGAGUAAGGCCAUCCAAGACUGUGAUAAACUGGACGGAAUUGUGGACGGGCUGAUCUCCGAGCCCGAUCUCUGUCUGUCCACUUUCCAUCCCGACAAGUAUGUAGGCACCUCUUUCAACUGUUCGACGACAGGAAAGAUGACGACUAUCUCUCAGGAGGCGGUUAUCUUGGCCAAUGCCACAUGGCACGGUCCACGACAUCCUGACGGCAGUCUGCUGUGGUACGGGCUCUUUAUCGGAUCUCCUCUGGCACAUCCGGACCUGUCUGAUCUAAGAAAUAUAUUGGGUGGGCAGUGGCUGCGACUGUUUGUGAAGAAGAACUCCACUUUCGACAUGAGAACCUUCACCGUAGAAGAUAUGGAGCGGUCUAUGCACCGGGGUGCUGCUGAGUUUGACUGCAUUGUUGGCACGAACUAUCCUGACUUGCGGGAGUUCAAAGAGCUGGGCGGCAAGAUACUGGCAUAUCAUGGACUUGCGGAUCCGAUCAUCCCCUCCAAGAACUCCGAGCAUUAUUUCAAUUCCGUCACGGACUUGAUGGGCAAUGUGGAUGAUUUCUACCGCAUGUUCGAGGUACCCGGCCUAGCACACUGCUACGGUGGAAACGGGGGCCAACCAACGACCUUGUUUGCGGCCCUUGUGGACUGGGUCGAGAAUGGAACGGUACCAGAGACAAUUCCUAUCAGUUUUCAGGACCCGUCCGGUGCGAUCAACAACCGCAUCCUCUGCCCCUAUCCUUUGAAGGCUGUAUGGGACGGUGUUGGAGAUACGACGGAAGAAUCCAGCUUUUACUGCGCAUAG